AUGAGGGUUGAUUUUGUUGAAAGGAAUCUGUUCGUCACUCCCGGAGGAGGGGCAGCCUCUUCCUCUUCCGGCAGCUCUGCCGUGGCCCGCCCUCCCGAUGCCGCUGUCAGGCCUGUCGAGACAGAUCUUGAUGUGCCUACCUUCAUCAUGUACGGGGCGAACACCGCCGGCAUCGCUUCCGGAAAUCUGCAGAAAGCCAUCAGCGAAGCCUUCCCGGAGCAGUUUGCUGACAUUGAGCGGCAGAUGAGUCAAGCUCCGCCACAUGACGGCUUCGGAAACGGCGAGGUAUUCGUGAGCCACGAAAGCAGCAACAUCCGGCUUCUGGCCGUGUCCCUCUUUCCGCGGUCCAGCGAGGGCCCCGCGGCAGUGCGCCGAGGCGCUGCAGAUGCCUUACGUGCAGCCCAGGCGCUGACAGGCCCAAGCUUUCGCGUCGUCACCCAUGCACUGGGCAGCUUCACCGGACAUCCCCGCAUCUCAGCUGCAAUUGCAGCCUCGGGGUCUUGCGUUCCCUGGCUGAGCACACAGAACGCAGUGCAGAGUAUUCGCUUUCUCCUGGUCCUUUACGACAGCCCGUACCGGUGUCUUGCAGCUUGUGCAGUGGCUCUGCGCCUGUGCAGCAUGUUGGUUGCGAUCAUGACUGCGAGGCAGGUAAAAAACACUUUUCUGCACUGGUACGAUGCUGACCAGUCAGCCCCACGCCGAUCUCGCUCGGCCGAUGUGCAGAGAACCCCGACGACAGACCUGUCUGACUACCAGGAUUGUGUGCAGAAGCUGAACAAGAUCGCGGCGGCGCCGGAGAGCCCCAAAGAGCUGUUGGCGCCGCAAAAUGAGCAGUCGCCUGCAGCGCCAUCUGUGGAGGAGCUCCGUACGUUGCAGCGCAAGAUUGCCGAGUGUGCAGGUUUCCCGUCGAAAGACUCUUCGCAGGGACUCUCCUCAAAGCGUAUCCUCUCGAGUAGCUCCGUGAGCACCAUGGCUUCGGAGUCGGAGGACUACUCCAUCUCCACCAAGGUGAAUCCGAUGCGUAAGGACUUCUCGAGUGGCUCGGUGAGCUCGAUGUGCUCGGAGCUCUGGGCAGACUGCCAAGACGACGGAGGCAUGGCAGCGAUCGAGAUCGGCCCCAUCAUCGAGGAGGAGGAGCGCGACAAUCCGCGGGUGGCUGCUGCCAAGGAUGGCAGCAAGGCCGAGUUCACGCACAACCAGGUUCCCAAAACCGUGAAUCUGGCUGCUGAAUUCUCCAAAACGCCGCUUCGAACCCCUCCAACCACGAUGAUGAUUCGUAACAUCCCCAACCGCUACACACAACGGGAGUUCGUGCGCGAGUUGGAUGGGCUUGGCUUUGCAGGAACAUACGACUUCCUGUACCUGCCAAUUGACAAGGGCACCCUGUGCAAUGUUGGCUAUGCUUUUGUGAACUUCUUGGAGCCGAUCCCCGCCCAGCGCUGUAUGGAGGUCUUCCACAACUACAUCUUCCAGCGCUACCGUAAGGUGCGUGGCAAGAUCGCAGCUGUGUCCAUCGCCCACAUCCAGGGUCUGGAAGCCAACAUGCGUCACUACGAGAACUCGGCCGUGAACAUGGCCCCACGCAUCAAGCAGCAGCGCGGUCCUCUCAUCAUCCCGCGCGGAAGCACGGGAAGCGAGAUUUGCCCAUGA